AUGUAUUACAAUCAAAACGGAUUGCAAAAAACUUGGGAUAUUGCUAUCACUCGAGACUCGGUUUCGUGUCUCAUUUACCAAAAAUCACAAAAAGCAUUUAUUAUUGUUAAGCAAUUUCGACCAGCAAUAUUUGCACGACAAGUGACGGAGCUGAAUCAAGAUCCAAGCGGACCUAAUGUCAAAUUACCAGAUCAAAUUAAAUUCACAUUUGAAUUAUGUGCUGGAGUUUCAGAUAAGAAUAUGUCACCUUUGGAAACCAUUCAAGCAGAACUCGAAGAAGAAUGUGGAUUUAGAAUUCCCAAAGAUUGCAUUCAACUUGUGAAUACAUACUACACAGGAACGGCUUCCAAUGCGAGCAUGCAAUAUUUAUUUUACGUAGAAAUGAAUGACGAAAGUGAAAAAACAUGGAAAAUUGGUGAGGGAGGAGGCCUCGAGUCUGAAGGUGAAAUCAUUGAGGUCUACAAAUUGCCACUCGAGAAUAUUCAUCGUUUUUUAACAGAUACCACAAUUCCAAAACCUUCCACACUUUGUUAUGCCAUCCUCUGGUGGUUCAUGGAAAAAGCAACCGUGCAAGAGCAACAACAUUACUAUUUCAAUAAAAGCAAUUAA